AUGUCUAGAGUUCACCAGACCGAGAAGCUAAAUUGGCAUCGUCCCUCCCCUACCGGUGGACCUUGUGCAAUGGAGAUCCUAGUAACCUGGCUGCAAAGCAAUUACCCUGCGUUCGCACGUGCUGCCAAAUCGCACCAAGGGCACAAGCUUCUGCUGAAGUUGCUCCGCAAAAUGGAAUCCUCUGGCCAUUCCGGCUACACAACGGACAAGAUUCGUUCGCAGAUCAACAAUCUCAAGUGUCAUGCGACCGGUCAGUACUCGAUUCGAUCUCUCUCGUCGUACAACAUGCGGCUUCGGGAAAUCUUCGCGCAAGAACAGACUUCAGCAAGCGGCUCGUCUUGCGAACACUUGGAGCAAAACGACGUCUCCAGCUCGGACAGCGAAGCCCCCGAACAAAGUGAAGAUGGUGGCAAUGGGCAGGAAAGGGAUGGCAUUCACGCCCAUUCGAUGGGCGAGUCGUCCCAGGGUGGUCUAUCGACGACGAAAAUGGCUGACAGAGCGUGCAUCAAGUUGGAACCUUUGGGCACACGACAGAACCCAAUUGAACUGGAUCGAGACAACGACGAGCAAGCUGAAAAUCCGCAAAUGCGUCGCCAGCGCGCUCCCCCGUCGUCUCCGAGUGAAGUUGCUUUGAUUGCAUCGAUAUUGAGCGAGCGGUACAAUUUGAAGGAGCGCGGCGUACCCCAAGCAGAAAUUGAUAAGUAUCUCCCGCUGCCGUGA